UUGGUUUGGGACUGCCGUUGCCAGUUGGUUUGUGGGCACGCUACAUGUUGCACGUCGUAUUCCUCGGAAAUAUUUUCACUUCAAAAACCACGUACUCCCAAGAAGAUGUCUAAGAAGAGUAAUUUGGAGGCUGCCAUGAGCAGCGGCACCUCAAAAGCUUCGGAAUCUACUCCGCUAAUCACUAAAACGAAUGACAGUGGCGAAGAGAUCAAGAAAGGUAGCGGGCUGUCUGUGAACCAGGCGGCGCUGCUGGUGGCUGGUGAGAUGGCUGGUAGCGGUGUGCUUGCGCUACCCCGUGCACUCGUCAAGACUGGUUGGAUCGGUGUCCCGAUCAUCAUCUUGAUGGCGGCGAUGGCCGCUUUCAGUGGCCGCCGUUUGGGCGAUUGCUGGUCCAUCAUCGAGGGUCGUGACCCUGAGAUGAGGAGCAGGAAGAGGAAUCCGUACGCUAUCAUCGCUGACCAGGCAUUGGGAAAGACAUGGAGUGCGGUGGUCUCGCUUGCGAUCAUCGUGUCGCUGUUCGGCGCGGCCGUGGUGUACUUACUAUUGGCCGCUCAGAUAAUAGAGGCGGUGGUGCUGCCGCUGGUGCCAACCGUUACCUUCUGCCUCUGGUAUCUGAUCGUAGCUGGCGCAAUGACACCCCUAAUGCUCUUCGCGACACCAAAAGAUUUCUCGUUCAUGGGAGUAAUAGCUUUCAUCUCCACUAUAGUGGCUUGCGUGCUCUAUUUCAUUCAGAUGAUGAAUGAUAUUAAGCCGUUCGUAUUCCGCUGGGGCAUACACGGCUUCCAAGACUUCUUCUUGGCUUUCGGUACCAUCAUGUUUGCCUUCGGAGGCGCCUCUACAUUCCCAACUAUCCAGAAUGACAUGGUUGACAAAUCUAAGUUCGGCAAAAGUAUACACUACAGUUUCUUAGCAAUCCUUGCGCUGUACCUGCCAAUAGCUAUCGGAGGCUACGCCGUAUACGGUGAAUCAGUUGCGCCUAACGUUUCCGGUUCCCUAACGGCCACUCCUUUGACACUCGUCGGAAACAUCUUCAUGGCUGUCCAUCUCCUAUCGGCAUUCAUCAUUAUUAUCAACCCUGUUUGCCAAGAAAUGGAGGAAUUAUACAACAUUCCUAGAGAUUCUCUUGGAUACCGUACGCUUGUCCGUUUAUCGAUUAUGGCGGCAAUAAUGUUCAUUGGUGAGAGUGUUCCACGGUUCUACACCAUACUGGCGCUGGUUGGAGGAACUACGGUCGCGCUCUUGACAUUCAUCCUGCCCUCUUAUUGCUAUUUGAACCUCACCAGCCAACCUCCCAGGCAGGGAGAGGCGGCUUCCGAUACACCUGGCUGGAUGAAGCUGAUAUGCUGGGAGAUAAUUGUGAUGGGCGUAGUAGGGGGCGCUGCAGCUACAUUUUCCGCCGUCAGCGCCAUCUUUAGCACUGCGCAGGCAACUCCCUGCUAUUUGAAAUAAGCUUUAUUAUUUUCACAUUUGGCCUAACAAUAAAAGCCAAAUGACAAUACGCGGUUUAUGCUUUAUAAGUAAGGUCCUUUGACCAAAUAAUAUAAUGAGAGCUUACAUCUAAGUUCGGCCGC